GUGGUGCUAGCUAUUCGCACACGGAUUUGUAUGGUCGUGAUUUGGGAGAUUCGUUAAAUGUGAUCAAGUUAAGUUAUUUUAAAACCUGAAACAUUAAAUUUGGGGAAGAUGCAGGAUGACGCGCGCUACCUCAAACGCAAAGUGACUGCGGGCAGCUUAGAUGUUCAUCCCACGGAGAAGGCCCUUGUGGUCCACUAUGAGGUGGAAGCAUCUAUACUGGGAGAGGGUGGAGGUCAUAUGCUGGGUGAACGAAAGGAGGGACAAAAAAUUAUCCGCGUGAAAAGUCUCUCUCCCAGUACAGAUGUGGGAGCUUUGGCUAAGAAAGUGGUGGAGGAGUGUAAGCUCAUCCCUGCCUCCCGUUUGCCCCAGGUGGAGCAGCUCCUAUACUACCUGCAGAACAGGAAAUCCUCCCCAGUUGAGGGCAAAGCGGAGAAGAAAGAGAAAAGAACGGUGAAACCCAGAGAGCUGACACCGUUUGAAGGAAUGGAGUUAAAUGAGGAAGCCAGCAUAACCAGAGUGGACGAGUACGUUGAGCUGCUCUAUGAAGGCAUCCCAGAGAAGAUCAGAGGCUCUGCUCUCAUUCUGCAGCUCGCCCGCAACCCUGAUAACCUGGAGGAGCUGCUCCACAACGAGGCAGCUCUCGGUGCCCUGGCCCGAGUAUUGAGGGAGGACUGGAAACAGAGUGUAGAGCUGGCUACCAUCAUCAUUUACAUCUUCUUCUGCUUCUCUAGUUUCUCCCAGUUCCAUGGAGUGGUGAGUCAUUAUAAGAUAGGUGCGUUGUGUAUGAGUGUGGUGGAGCAUGAGCUGAAGAGACACGAUGUGUGGUGCGAGGAGCUACGCAAGAAAAAUAAAGCUUAUGAAUCAGCACCAGAGAACGGCUCUCUAAGAAGAGACCAAGACAAGGCUCUGAGGAAAUACCAAGGUCUUCGGGCUAAACAGGAACAGCUACUCAGAGUGUCUCUUUACCUCCUGCUGAACCUUGCUGAGGACACAAGGACGGAGCUGAAGAUGAGGAAUAAAAACAUUGUUGGUCUGUUGGUCCAGAUUCUUGGUCGGGACGAUGAGGAGUUGCUGGUCCUGGUGGUUUCAUUCCUCAAAAAACUGUCCAUCUUCUUGGAGAACAAGAACGACAUGGCUGAGGUGGACACCAUAGAACGACUGGCUCGUCUGGUUCCCUGUGACCACGAGGAUCUGUUAAACCUCACUCUGCGUCUGCUGCUCAACCUCUCCUUUGACUCUGGACUCAGAGCCAAGAUGGUGGAAGUGGGACUGUUACCUAAACUGACUGGCUUGUUAGGGGAUGAGAACAACCGUGUGGUAGCCAUGCGUAUCCUGUAUCACAUCAGCAUCGACGACCGCUUCAAGGGCAUGUUUGUUUACACUGACUGCAUACCUCAGCUCAUGCAAAUGCUGUUUGAGAACAGUGAGGAGGAAAUAGAAGCUGAGCUCAUCUCCAUCUGCAUCAACCUGGCUGCAAACAAGAGGAACACACAACUCAUGUGUGAAGGAAAUGGGUUGAAGAUGCUCAUGAAGAAAGCUCUGAAGACAAAAGACUGCCUGCUGAUGAAGAUGAUCAGAAACAUCUCACAACAUGAUGGACCAACCAAACCGCUGUUCAUCGACUAUCUUGGCGACCUGGCAGCAGAGAUCCGUGAAGAGGAAGAGGAGGAGUGGGUUCUGGAGUGUCUGGGGACUCUGGCUAACCUCACCAUCCCCGACCUGGACUGGGAGUUGGUGCUGAAGGAGUACAACCUGGUACCUUACCUCAAAGACAGACUCAAACCAGGCUCAGCAGAGGAUGACCUCAUCUUAGAGGUGGUAAUAAUGAUUGGAACAGUUUCCAUGGAUGACGCCUGCGCCGCCAUGUUGGCUAAAUCUGGCAUCAUUCCUGCCCUUAUCGAGCUCCUAAAUGCCCAGCAGGAGGACGAUGAGUUUGUGUGUCAGAUUGUCUACGUCUUCUAUCAGAUGGUUUUUCACCAAGCCACACGAGACGUCAUCAUCAAAGACACCCAGGCUCCAGCCUACCUGAUAGACCUGAUGCAUGACAAGAACGCUGAGAUCAGAAAAGUGUGUGACAACACCCUCGACAUUAUUGCCGAGUACGACGACGAGUGGGGAGCGAAGAUUCAGUCAGAAAAGUUCCGUUUCCAUAACAACCAGUGGUUGGAGAUGGUCGAGAGUCGUCAAGCCGAUGAGUCUGAAACGUAUUUCUGCGAUAACGACAAUGACAGGACCGAUCUGUUCUAUAGUGCAGAUGGAAUAACGCCAGGGGACGGUUCAGUCAGCCCAGAUUUCUUCAGUGACCUGCAGGCUCAGAAUGGAGACUCGCACCACACGGGAGAUGACAAAGAUGUCUUCGACCAGACCAGCUCAUCACCUGGACGACCAGCCACAGCCUACGGCUUUAGACCUGACGAGCAGCCCUUCUAUCAGUACUCAUAGACAUGCCUGGGUUGUUGAACACGUCAGGACAUCCAGUCAUCUUAGACCCAUUCCACGUCCACAGUCUGCGUGUCCGCUGUUACGUCUUUAGAUUGACUUCUCACUGCUAGGAUCCUGAUGUCAUGACUGAAUGUGAAGGCAUGGCCACACAUGCUGAAAUAUAUAAUACUAAUAGGGACUGACACGCUAACACUGCAGAUUUUAUAGUAGUUAUUAAAUAAACUGCAGCUCCACGCAGUCAACCUCUCAUUACACAUUUCAUUCAUUCACCAUUAUGUUCAACAAAUAAGCAGUUAGUCUUCCCUUCCCACUGGCCACAGUCUUAUUAUGUUUACUUCCUUGUUAGUCAGCAGAUAAUUUAACUUAUGUGAGCGGACAUUACAUUUCUAAUAAUGUAUGUUGAUAAGUUUUUGCAUGUGUUUUGUAUGUAAAAAUAAAUAAUUGUUGCCUCCUUAAAUCCACUGGAAACAAAAACAUGCAGAUGUUUUCUUACAUUCCAUCAUCAAAGGGUUUGAGAUCCACCAGACGAACCUGGGGGCAAACCAAGACCCUGUACCGUGGUCUAUUUAUGUGAGGUGGUCUGAGGCUGAGCGCUCCACCGUUUUAGCAUUGCACUCACUAUAACGCUGUUGGAUAGGCAGAUAAUGGAAGGGAUCAGAAUGGAUUUUGGUAUGGGUUCAGGUAUUGGGUGUUGUGCACCUUUCAAGCCACAAGAGUGCAGAGAACACACACGAUAUCAGUAUUGAGCAAAAGUAAAACCACAUGUACCAUUGUCCUCUCAAAAUAUGAGGCUGAAUAAAGCUGAUAACUUAUUAAAUCCAUCAGUGUUUUUAGUUAACUUACUGUGAUAAUGGUGUUGAUGCAACGUAUGU